GGCUACUGCGCAUGCGUCAGGCAUGGAGCGCGGAAGUGGAAGGUUGGAUGCGUCGGGUAGGCACCUCAGCAACCAGUAGCCAUGCGCGGCUUGGAGGAGCCGGGUCCUCGGCCUACAGCGACCCCGUGCGGCUGCGUGAAGCCGGCUCUGGAGACAGGGAAUCUUUUAACUGAGCCAAUCGGCUACUUGGAAUCCUGUUUCUCGGCCAAGAAUGGUACUCCAAGACAGCCAUCCAUUUGUAGCUAUUCUCGAGCCCGUUUGAGGAUUAGAAAGAACAUCUUUAAUAAUCCUGAACAUUCCCUGAUGGGCCUAGAACAGUUUUCUCAUGUUUGGAUUUUGUUUGUUUUUCAUAAAAAUGGUCAUUUGAGCUGUAAGGCAAAGGUGCAGCCUCCUAGGCUGAAUGGUGCAAAGACUGGAGUUUUUUCCACAAGGAGCCCUCAUCGUCCCAAUGCAAUAGGACUGACCCUGGCCAAGCUGGAAAAGGUAGAAGGCGGAGCUAUAUACCUUUCUGGAAUUGACAUGAUACAUGGCACACCCGUACUAGACAUCAAGCCCUACAUAGCUGAGUAUGACUCGCCGCAAAAUGUGAUGGAGCCUUUAGCAGACUUUAAUUUACAGAAUAACCAACAUACACCAAACACUGCAUCCCAGUCUGACAGCAAGACUGACAGCUGUGACCAGCGACAGCUGUCAGUGUGUGAUGAACCACAACCUCACCAUAGCACUAAGGAGAAACCUAAAUGUCCUGAAGACAGAACUUCAGAAGAAAACUACCUGACACACAGUGACACAGCCAGAAUUCAGCAAGCAUUCCCUAUGCACAGGGAGAUAGCAGUGGAUUUUGGUUUGGAAUCAAGUCGUGAUCAGAGUUCCAGUAUGUCAGAAGAACAAAUUGGCCCAUAUGGCCCGGAGAAGAGCAUUUCGGAGAAAGGUACAGACAAGAAGCUAGAGAGAGUGGAAGGAGCAGCAGUCCUGCAAGGAAGCAGGGCAGAGACACAGCCCAUGGCCCCUCACUUACCUGCUGGAAGGGCUGAUGGAGCUCCCCGCAGCGUGGUUCCUGCCUGGGUGACAGAGGCCCCUGUGGCCACUUUAGAAGUGCGGUUUACUCCUCAUGCCGAGAUGGACCUUGGGCAGCUCAGUUCACAAGGUGAAUCAGGUUCCAGCAGAUGCAAUUCACAGAAGGUUCAAGGUUUAGGCCAGUGCAUGUGGCUGUGAACACCAGAUGGAAGAAGAGCAUUUUCAAUGCCCGCAGUGCAGAAACUCAGUGAUAUGCUCUGUUUUUCAGUGGAGGGGGGCACUUGGCAUAUGAACUCACACCACAGGAAUCACAUUUGAGUUAAUGUGUGUUUAUGUUGUGUUGACAAAAAGGGUAGGAAGCCAAGCAUGCUGGUGUGCGCCUGUAGUCCCACCUACUCAGGAGGCUGAGGCAGGAGGAUUGCUUGAGCCCAGGAGUUCAAGGCUGCAGUGAGCUAUGAUCAUGCUACUGUCCUGCAGUCUGGGCAACAGAGCAAGACCCCAUAUCUAAAAAAAUAAAUAAAUAAAAAUUUAAAAAGUAGGAUUAGAUGUAAUACAAUGUUAUAUUCUGCCUCAUAGAUAGCUUGAAAAUUCUGAGAUUCUUCACUAAUAUAUCUAACUCUUCAUCCAAUUGAAGAUAUAAAAAAUAUUUUUAAAUUCUGUGUUAACUUUUGUUUUUAAAAGUUAUCCCGUGCUAAACUCUGAAAAACUAUAUAAUUCUUCGUAUUAGUAUAGACUUUACAAUGCAAUUUAAAAUACAUUAUCUUGUUUGGUAUCUCAGUAAUAUUAUGGAUUAAUUGUGCUUCUGGGAGCUAAGCUGCGGCCCUAACCACCAUUUAGAAAAGGGGUCAGCAAAUGAUAGUCCAAAGGCCAAAUCUGGCCCACAGCCUGUUUUGGCACUACCUGAGAGCUAAGAUUGGUCUUUACAUUUUUAAAGGAUUGUAAGCAAAACAAAACAAAAACAAAAAACCCAGAGAAGAAGACAUAACAGAGACUGGUGGGCAAAGCUGAACAUACAAUCUGGCCCUUUACAGAAAAACCCCUGAUCCCACUCCUCGAUUUAGAACAUUAUUUUUCUGAAACUCAUUUUGAGUUCCAGAAAGGUUAUUUACAGAAAGGUUAUAUUGAGUUCCAGAAAGGUUAUUACAGAAAGGUUACAUUUUUGGGAUGUCACAUGCUUCUAAGUCAGAGACUGUUUAUUUUUAAAGGAUUUAUUUAUGUAGCCAUGUGAGAAAACAUAUGAAUAGGAUAUAAAUGGCAAGUAUGUAUUAUCCCAUUCAUGUAUGUAAAAUGAGGAGGUUAUACAAACCCAUGUUUGCACAUCUGUGGAAAAUUUCUAGAAGGAUAAACAAAAAUAUGCUAACAAUGGUUACCUUGGGGAGGAUUCUCGGGACUCACUGCAGAAGGGGACUUUUUGCUUUAUUCUUUUCAGUACAUUAUGAAUUUUCUGUCUAAUCACAAACAUGCAUUAUUUUUAUAUGUGGAACAUGAGGAAAGUAAAAUGUCUAGAACUCAAGCUGGAAUGGAUUGGAUAUGUUAGUGCAUCUUAAUAAAUAAGUUAGGCCGGACACAGUGGCUCACACCUGUAAUCCCAGCACUUUGGGAGGCUGAGGCGGGUGGAUCACUUGAGGUCAGGAGUUUGAGA